CUGUUAUCCAUUUGUGUUAUACUACCAACUGUUUAUUUAUUUAGGCAGAACUAAAAGAAACUUUGCUAAAAUGGGCAACUCGAGUUCCCUUUGUGCCGAUCGCAAUGCUAUAAGGAAUUUCGAUGAAAAUGGCACGCCGAUUUAUCCAACGGCCAACAAUUCAUACAGCCCUUCCAAUGGCCAAAUAACACCAUAUCAUCAUAAGCAAGAGCAGCAACAACAAAAUGAGCACGGCUAUUACAAGACCACAAUACCCGUUGGCGUUGGUGCUGGCGCUGGCGCUGGCACUGGCAGCACCGCUAACAGCAGCAAUAGCACUCGCUGCGCUCACUGCCGAACAGCUGAUUUGUACACACGCGCACUCACUCAAGAGAGAAACGGCGGUGGCAGCGGCAGCGGCAGCAACAACAAUAAUAACAAGCUGAACGUAGCGCAGCCGACACACAUACAUGCCCACACGAAGCACACACACGAGAGCACGAGCAGCUGUGAUGGUGACUGCGCUGCCGCUGCGACUGCGAAAUGGCGCAGUAGUCGUGUGUGUAAAAAUCAUACGACUACAACGACAACAACACUCGAAUACGAACUUUCCAAUUUUGCAAAACUCACAACACAAAUCAGUACGCAACGCGACGUUGACGGAGCAGGAGCAAGUGUUGACGAAGCUGAGAUUUUAGCACCACCGAUAUUAUCCUCGAGCCACUGGCAGCAGCUACAACAGAGCCUGCACGAGCUACACCAAAACCAAGCCCAAUCACUACUUGGCAACCCUAGCAACAUCAAUUCGCACCAGAUACGCAACUACAGCAGCGACAACAUGAGCAAGGAUUUGCAACGUGAUCGUCUCGGACAUUGGGGCACUGGCGACAAUGAGAUCGUUGGCAGUGUCUCUGGACUCGAUCGCAUGCGCCUAAAGCGCUACAAUAAGGGCCUGGCCUUCACACAUGAGGAACGUCAGUUGUUGGGCAUUCACGGUCUUUUGCCCUAUACGGUGAAAACCCUUGAGGAUCAGGUGAAGCACUGCCGUAUCUUGUUGGAUCGCUUGCCUAACGAUUUGGACAAGUAUAUGUACCUGAUUGGCCUGUCGGAGCGCCACGAGCGUCUCUUCUACAAUGUGCUCAGCUCAGAUAUUACGCACAUGAUGCCGCUGGUGUAUACGCCCACGGUGGGCCUGGCCUGCCAGAAGUACAGCCUUGGGUUCAUCAAGCCCAAGGGCUUGUUCAUCACCAUCAAGGACAAGGGACACAUCUACGAUGUGCUCAAGAACUGGCCAGAGACGGAUGUGCGCGCCAUCGUGGUGACCGACGGCGAACGCAUCUUGGGCCUGGGCGAUCUCGGCGUCAAUGGCAUGGGCAUACCCGUGGGCAAGCUGUCGCUGUACACGGCUCUGGCUGGCAUCAAGCCCAACCAGUGCCUGCCCAUCACCCUGGACGUGGGCACCAACACAGAGUCCAUACUGGAGGAUCCGCUCUAUGUGGGUCUGCGCCAGAAGCGCGCCACGGGUGAUCUCUACAAUGACUUCAUCGAUGAGUUUAUGCGCGCCUGCGUGCGCCGCUUUGGCCAGAAUUGUCUCAUCCAGUUCGAGGACUUUGCCAAUGCGAACGCCUUCCGUCUGCUGUCGCUGUAUCGCGACAAGUACUGCACCUUCAAUGAUGACAUUCAGGGCACUGCCUCUGUGGCCGUAGCGGGCUUGCUGGCCUCGCUGAAGAUCAAGAAGACCAAGCUGAGGGAUAAUGUGCUGCUAUUCCUGGGCGCUGGCGAGGCCGCGCUGGGCAUUGCUCAACUGUGCGUCAUGGCCAUGAAGCAGGAGGGCCUCACCGAAGAGGAAGCCAAGACGCGCAUCUGGAUGGUCGAUAGCCGCGGCGCUAUUGUGCGCGAUCGUCCAAAGGGCGGCCUCACUGAGCACAAGCUGCACUUCGCUCAGGUCAGCACGCCCAUUGACACCUUGAAAGACGCUGUGGUCAAGGUGCGUCCGAAUGUGCUGAUUGGUGCCUCGGCUCAGGGCGGCGCCUUCAACCAGGAGAUCCUCGAGAAAAUGGCCGAGAUCAAUGAGACGCCCAUCAUAUUUGCCCUCUCGAAUCCCACCAGCAAGGCUGAGUGCACCGCCGAGGAGGCCUACACCCACACAGAAGGACGUUGCAUCUUCGCCUCCGGCUCACCGUUUCCGCCAGUCACCUACAAUGGCCGCAAAUAUUAUCCGGGCCAGGGCAACAAUUCGUACAUCUUUCCGGGCGUGGCUCUAGGCGUUUUGUGCGCCGGCAUGCUGACAAUACCAGAGGAUGUGUUCCUCAUCGCUGCCCAGAGUCUCGCCAGCAUGGUCAGCAAGGAAGACCUGGAGAAGGGCAGCCUGUAUCCGCCACUCAACUCGAUCAUUCAAUGCUCAAUGAAUAUUGCCGAGCAGAUCGUGACCUAUGCAUACAAGAGUGGCAAGGCCACCGUGCAGCCGGAGCCCCAGAACAAGCUGGCCUUCAUCAAGGCCCAAAUGUACGAUCUCGACUAUCCUCGUGCCUUGCCACCCACCUAUCCCGUGUAAAUAGAGACGGAGCAUGCGGCCCCCUCAGCUACUCAACCCUCUCCUCUCGCCCUCAACGUCGCGACUCUUGGCAGAAACUCCAUUCCAUUUGCCUUCUAUGAGGAGCCCAGCAACAUCGGGUGUCGUUAUUUAUUUUACAGUUUCAUGCACACACCUUUACAAACUUAAAAUACUGAAGAAGAAGAAGAAGAAGAACAAGAAGAAGAAGGGGAAAAAUAACAAGCUUCGUAUGUCGCUUAAUGGCCCAUAUUGAUAACAAGAUUUGUUUUAGAUAAUCAUUUUAAUGAUGCAGUUGAUAUAUGUAUGUAAAUGGGAUAUUACUAUUCUAGAUAUCUAUAUGUGUAUACAAAUUCUAUGUAAACGUGAACACAAACUAUCUUAAGUACAUAAGUC